AUGGAGCCAAAAACUCCCUUGACCUUUAACUCCCUUCCAACGGAACUGAGACUCAAGAUCUGGGCUGAAGCUAUCGAAAAUGUCGAUGGAAUAGCUGAGGCGCAUUUCUUUCGAAUCGGAGGAAGUCUGCGGGAACGAAAGGUAGCUGCAGCCCACCAGCAUGCUUUGACCAACAACGACGAGAACAUCGACAACAACAGAGACCUGUGCCCAGUUCAUCCUCCCUCCUGGGACCCAAGGGAAAUCAUGUGCAACUCAUGGGUGGCCAGCGAGAAUCCAUCUUGCUACAUCGCCAACGCGGGAUUGUGGAACACAUCGUUCGAAUCCCGAGAAGUGCUGGAGAAGCACUAUACCCGAACCGACCCCAGCUUCCAUCCCAGCCAACUCGACAACUUCCACCUGAUGGGGGAAUCUUCCUUUUCGAGUCUGCUCGUGAACUUCGUGAACGAUCUGCAUUGCUUCCAGGUCCACGGCAUGGAUGAGAACACGACCAUGGCCAUAACCGGCCGGAACAUGGUCCCACGCCACAUCGCGUUCGAAUACAAGGCAGAAUGGGGGCACCCUAGAUUCCUCGAAUCGAUCACCAGCUUUUUCCAGUCUCAGAGACACUACGUCGAUGCUGGGUACAGCCACCGAAACGCCCUCGAGGAAAUCUUCUCUGUGAUCAGCAAGGAUAAGUGGUCCAUGAGCCCAGGACAGCGUAUCUGGUUCAUCGACUACAACAUCAAGGCCACCCGGAAACUGAAGCCCGAGGACCUCGUUGGCAGCCAUAUCUUCCACGCGAACAACCGGAGGUUGGUCGAGGUCGGACGGUGCCAGUACCUGGUCUCGCGCUACCGAUACCCCUCGACCCGCGCCAGGGACGGAUUCGUCGAGUACUUUCGAGACGUCUUCCUCGACCAGCAGUUCACUGCUGAGAACCAGCUCCCAGCUCCGACAGCAGGAGUCUUGGCUUGCUUGUCUGAUUCCGAUUUUGUCUAG